AUGGGGGUGUUGAGUACGGUGCACACGGCGGUCUUCCGCCCCAAGGAGUUCCGCGCGAUGGUCACGUACAAGGUGUGGCGUGAUCCCGUGCACGACUUCAAGAGGAAUCCCGAAGCGAGCGGUUGGGACCGUGAGCGUAUGCGCCAGUGCUGGGCGUUUCUCGACGCGACGAGCCGCAGUUUUGCGGCGGUGAUCAAGGAGCUGAAAGGCGAGCUGAGCCGUGUCAUUUGCAUCUUCUACCUGGUGCUGCGUGCGCUCGACACGAUCGAGGACGACAUGACGCUCGACCCCAAGGUCAAGGUCCCGCUCCUGGUCGACUUUUACCAGAAGCUCGAGGAGCCGGGCUGGACCUUUAGCGGGAGCGGCCCCAACGAAAAGGACCGCCAGCUCCUGGUCGAGUUUGACAAGGUCAUUGGCGAGUACCAGCUGCUGAACGACGGCUGCCGCUACGUGAUCAAGGACAUUUGCGCUCGUAUGGGUGCGGGUAUGGCGUCCUACAUCGAGCUUGGCGACUCGCCCCAGGGCCUGACGAUGGAGAAGUACGCGGACUAUGACCUGUACUGCCACUUUGUCGCGGGCCUUGUCGGCGAGGGCCUGUCCGGCCUCUUUUCCGAGACCAACAUCGAGCGCCCGGGCAUCGGUCUGCAGCUCAAGCUGUCGAACCACAUGGGUCUCUUUUUGCAAAAGACCAACAUCAUCCGCGACUACGCGGAGGACGUCGACGAGGGCCGCUCGUUCUGGCCCAAGGAGUGCUGGGGCGCGAACGGCGUCUUUCAGCGCCAGGCCGAGGUGCAGCGCGGCGUCGUCGAGACGCGCAAGGGCUCGAACAACUACGUCUGGGCGGACUCGGCGGAGGGCAAGGAGGCGCGCCGCAUCCUCUCGUCGAUGCUCCUCGACGCCUUCUCGCACGCGACGCUCUCGCUCGAGUACCUGAUUCUGCUGCGCGACCAGAGCGUGUUCAACUUCUGUGCGCUGCCGCAGGUGAUGGCGAUCGCGACGCUGGCGCUGAUGUUUGACAAUGCCAACGUUUUGAAGAAGAACGUCAAGAUCCGCAAGUCGCUCGCUGUGCGCCUGAUCCUCUUUGCGAUCAACCCGCGCGACGUGGCGUACACCUUUUUGGAGUACGCGCGCGACAUCCACGGCCGUCUGCGCCCCGACGACCCCAACUAUGUGCGCUGGUGCGUCGAGCUGGGCCGCAUCGAGACGUGGUGCGAGUCCAAGUUCCCGUCGUACAUCAUGUCCGCCGCCAAGAAGAACACGGGCGACGUGCGUGCGCUCAUGUUUGAGCGCUGGGUGCUCGACAGCGAGGCGGCGGUGCGCAACGCGCGCGUGCUCAAAGGCGAGGCGGUCCAGCAGCCGACCGCCGCCGAAGAGGUCCGCGAGAAGCGCGACGAGACGAAAAAGAUGAUGAUGGUCACCUUUUUGAUGAUCCUCCUGGUCACCUUUUCGAUGGCCGCGAUCGCGCUCACGUGCUGGUUCGGCGUGUGGUACUACCUCGAGGACGGCACGGACCCGCUGACGCUUUUUAUCCGGUACCUCUGGCGCUUUGGCCGCGAGUCGAUCCAGCAGCGCGAGGUGGGCUGGAACGCGUUUGCCAACUUUGGCGUGGCACAGGGCAUCGUGCGCAAGGCGGGCGCGCUGGUAAUGAAGGACAUGGACGCGCGCUACGAGUAA